CUAAUCUUGAAUAUAUUGGCAUUCAUACUUGUGGAUCUAUUUGUGAUAGAGCUGAAGAAAAUUGGAAUCAUAUUAAAAGCUUCAACUGGUGGACUUCUAUUUGGUUUAUAAAUGAUAUUAUUGAAGUUAAUAUUGGAAAAAAUAAUUAUGAAAAAAUUAAUCGUAAAGCUUUGAGACCAGUAAAACCUACUAAAUUGAGUUGGAAAAUUAAUGAUUCUUGUGAAUUUAAAAAUCCAAAAAAUAAUAAAUAUAAUCCUACACAUAUUUUUAAAAAACUUCAGAAUAAUCUUUCAAAAAGUAAUAUUGGAGAGGAUAAUAGUCAAAAUAUUAGAGAAAUUAUAAUAGAUAGAAAAGAAAAUAAGAUACGGGUUAAUCUUGCUGAACAAAUAUUAUCAAAAGAUGUUGAAAAU